AUGAAGGACUACGGGGACGAGCUCACAAAGGGCCCGUGGACACCUGAGGAGGACGGCCAGCUGCUGCGGUGGCUGAACCAGCUGAACCCCAAUGUGAAGAAGGAGCCUUUCAGUGGGGAGGAGGACGCCAUCAUUAUGGCGGCCCACACGCUGCUGGGCAACAAGUGGGCAUCCAUCUCAAAGCUGCUGGUCGGAAGGACCGACAACUCAGUGAAGAACCACUGGAACUCCACCCUCAAGCGGCGCCGCGGCGAGUACGUGCGCGGCGCCCCCCUGGACGUGUCUGAGCUGGCCGGGGCGAUCCAGGUGCACCUGCUGCACCGCGGCCUCGAGCCAGGUGGGAGGGGUUGGAUGGCAUGA